AUGCUUCCCUCCUACAAAUCCUCGUCGCCCGACGCCAAGAUGAUGGCCAGGAACCAGGGUGCCUACGCCAAUGGCUACCCUCGUAGCAAGGAUACUUUUGACAUGUCACCACACAGAUUCCAACCUCGAGGGUCGACUCCAGCCUCGCGACGGAGGAAGAACUUAAUAUUCCGACUUGGCGUAAUAGCGACAGUUACCUUUCUUUUCAGCCUCUUAGUAUGGCCAGGAGCCUCCCAGAUUUCGACAAUAUUCUCCUUCGGGCUCUUGUCCUCCGCUAGCAGCAGCGAAUACUUUAUGGAUACCGUACGAUAUUACGACUUGUCCGAUGUGGUCGGCACCGCGCGUGGCUGGGAGCGGGAGGAACGGAUUCUCCUGUGCGUACCGCUCAGAGAUGCGGAGCAGCACAUGAACAUGAUGUUCUCCCACUUUCGCAACUUCACAUAUCCCCAUCGGCUGAUUGACCUUGCCUUCCUCGUAUCGGAUUCCAAGGACCGGACGCUUGACGUGCUCGUGGAACGGCUGGAACAGCUUCAGGCCGACGAGGACCCUGACCAACCUUACGGCGAGAUCUCGAUCAUCGAGAAGGACUUUGGACAGCAGGUCAACCAAGACGUCGAAAGUCGCCACGGAUUCGCCGCGCAGGCCAGCAGGAGAAAACUCAUGGCCCAAGCCCGCAACUGGCUUCUCAGUGCUGCGUUGCGCCCUUACCACUCAUGGGUGUACUGGCGCGACGUAGAUGUCGAGACGGCCCCUUUUACCAUUCUGGAGGAUCUGAUGCGUCAUAACAAGGACGUCAUCGUUCCCAAUGUCUGGCGUCCACUACCUGAUUGGCUCGGUGGCGAACAACCGUAUGACCUCAACUCUUGGCAGGAGUCAGAAACUGCUCUUGCCCUUGCCGAUACGCUCGAUGAAGAUGCCGUUAUUGUGGAGGGUUACGCUGAAUAUGCGACUUGGCGUCCACACUUGGCAUACCUUCGCGACCCCUACGGCGAUCCAGACAUGGAGAUGGACCUGGAUGGCGUUGGAGGCGUCAGUAUUCUCGCUAAAGCUAGAGUUUUCAGAUCUGGUGUCCAUUUCCCGGCUUUCAGUUUUCAGAAGCACGCGGAGACGGAAGGAUUCGGCAAGAUGGCGAAACGUAUGCAAUUCUCUGUUGUCGGUCUUCCCCACUAUACAAUUUGGCAUUUAUACGAGCCAAGUGUCGAGGAUAUUAAGCACAUGGAAGAAAUGGAAAAAGAGCGGAUUGCCAAGGAGGCAGCCGAGAAAGACAGGGAGGAGCGAGCCAAAUACAUCAAAGAGCAAUUUAGUGAUGCCGGUUCUCAGUGGGAGAAGGACAAGGCGGAAAUCCAGAAUCUCGCCAAGGAGGCCAAGGACGAGGCCAAGGCUGACGACCCUGCUGCUAAAGGGGCAGCAAAUGGUGCCUCUAGCCAACAAGGCAGCAAGGGGAGCUCCAAAGCGGCACAGAAGGACGCGGCUAAGGGACCGGAGUCCUGA